CUUUAGACAACCUUAAUGUUAUCGGUUUAUCUGUAUGGACUUCUCGUGGUGCUGGUUUAUGUCUUGCUUAUGAUGGUGCUCUCAUCCUCUUACCCGUCUGCAGAAAUAUUAUAAGAUAUUUACGUGCUCUAAGUUUUUUAAAUAGACUUAUUCCAUUUGAUGAAAAUCUUUGGUUCCAUCGUCAAACCGCUUAUUCCAUGCUCUUUUGGACUUUAGUACAUACUUUUGCUCAUUAUGUUAACUUUUGGAAAUUGGAACAGCUUGGCUUGUUUCAAGCUUGGCAACUUCACUAUACUACUUGGGCUGGCCUUACUGCUCAAGGUGUAUGUAAAGGUUAUUUUUCUUGGCGAUACACUACAACUGGUGGUAUUAUAUACUUCCUUGAACGUAUCUUACGUGAAAUCCGUGCUCGUCAACCAACUCAAAUCACAAAAGUCAUUGCCCAUCCAUCAAAAGCCAUUGAAAUUCAAUUUGAUAAGCCUUCUUUCCGUUAUAAGGCCGGUCAAUACUUAUUCUUAAACGUACCUGCUAUUUCAAUUUGGCAAUGGCAUCCAUUCACAAUCACUUCUGCUCCCGAUGAUCCUUUUGUUUCGGUCCAUGUUCGUCUAGUUGGUGAUUUCACUAAUAAACUUGGUGAAUUCCUUGGUUGUGAUUCUAAUUCUGAUUAUAAAAAAUUUGCACCCACUAUUUUACCUACUCUCCGUAUUGAUGGCCCUUAUGGUGCUCCUGCUGAGGAUGUAUUUAAAAAUGAGAUUGCCGUUUUAAUAGGUUGUGGUAUAGGUGUUACUCCUUUUGCUUCUAUCCUCAAAAAUAUUUGGUAUGUAAAAAUCACUUAUCUAAAAGCGAUUGAGAGUGGUCGUUACAUACCAGGCAAAGAAGGAGAUUUAAAUACUAACGUGGGUGUAUAUUAUUGUGGUCCUCCCGCGUUGGCUAAAAGUUUGAAAAAAGAUUGCGAAUCUGCAAAUACCGAAGGUAUAAAUUUCCACUUCCAUAAAGAGCAUUUUUAA